GCUCCUCCCACCCCCCGGGCCUGCUGCGAGGCUGCGACCUCUGCGCCCGCACGGAUUUGAAACCUUUUUGUGGCGGCGGCGGCGGUGGCGACGGCGGCGACGGCGGCGGCCGCUCGGAAAGCUUGCACGCUGAAUUAUGGAAAUGGGAAGCGAAGAAGAAAAAUGGGAGAAGCUGGAUGCGGAAUUUGAUCACUUUGUGGUAGAUAUGAAGCCCUUUGUUCUAAAAUUACCCCAUAGGUCAGAGCGGCAGAGGUGUGCACUUUGGAUUAGAAAACUGUGUGAGCCUUCAGGAACAGGAGCAGGGGUCACAGGCAGGAGGAAUCGGAAUCUGUACGCAAAGCUCUUACUACACAUGCUCAGGCGAGGGGCUCUCGAGGGCCCUUUCACUCACCGCCCUGAGCCAGGGACGCUGAAAACUUUACCUUCAUACAUGUCCAUCUAUUUUGAUGAACCAAAUCCAGCACAAGCCAAAGGAUUGUCCAGCCCAGAAGGAUUACCAGACUGGGUGAUGGGCGAGCUGGGGAACGGUGAGCACAGACUCAGCGAGUCACGGACGCUCUCUUCUGGAGAAGAUUGCUCUUUGGUACAGUCGCCGACCCAUGUCCAGAGGGAACAAUGCAUUGCAAAGCUCCAAACCAGAUCACAGUCUAUGAGUCCAACCUACAGAGAUGAUGGACAGAUUAUUACCCCAAGGAGUUAUGAAAUUCAUUCGAGGAAAUCUGCUCUUUCUUUGGAUGACAGUGACAUCGAAGCUCGCCUUAAUAGUUGGAAUCUUGGGAUAGAAAAUCCUCGGUACCUGAGACAGAAGCCUAUCCCCGUUACUUUGAUGACUCCCAAAUUCAGCCUGAGAAAAUCCAGCAGUCUCCAGGAGGAUCAGUUACUGUCUCGAAUGCAUGGGAAGGAGUUGGACAUGAAAACAAAAAUGAUGGAAGCUCAAUAUCAUGAAGAGAAACUUAAACUGCAACAGAAGCAUGACGCUGAUGUUCAGAAGAUUUUAGAAAGAAAGAAUAAUGAAAUAGAAGAAAUGAAAACUUUAUACAAAAAGAAACAAAAUGAAACGGAGGAGACUAUUAGAAAACUUGAAAAGAAAGUUCAGACCCUUGUACGUGAAUGUCAAGUUAUCAGAGAGACCAAAGAUAACCAGAUUGCAGAGUUAAAAAAGAUAUGUGAACAAAGUACAGAAUCUCUGAAUAAUGAUUGGGAAAAAAAGCUCCACAAUGCUGUAGCAGAAAUGGAGAAGGAAAAGUUUGAACUUCAAAAGCAGCACACUGAGAAUAUCCAAGAACUGCUCGAGGACACAAACGUACGUCUGACCAAAAUGGAGGGCGAAUACGUGGCACAAACACAGGCCACAAACCAGAUGAUCAAAGAACUGGAGUCCCGUGUCCAGCAGCUGACUGGAGAAGCAGAGAACAGUAAUUUACAGAAGCAGAAAUUAAUUCAAGAAAAAUUGGAACUUGAGAGAUGUUGCCAGAUAACAUGUAAUGAAUUACAAGAAGUAAAGGCAAGGCGCAACACAUUGCAUAAAGAGAAGGAUCAUCUUGUAAAUGAUUAUGAGCAAAACAUGAAACUGUUACAAACCAGAUAUGAUGCUGAUAUAAACCUUCUGAAAAAGGAACAUGCUCUUUCAACUUCUAAGGCAUCUGGUAUGAUUAAAGAAUUAGAACAGAACAUCUGUCAAUUAAAACAGCAGUUACAGGAAUCAGAACUUCAAAGAAAGCAGCAGUUAAAGGAUCAAGAAAAUAAGUUUCAAAUGGAGAAAUGUCACUUAAAACGCACCUAUGAGAAAAAGGUUCAUGACUUGCAGACUGAACUUGAUAAAGAAAAAGAAGACGCUCAAAAGAAAAUCCAUAAAUUUGAGGAGGCUUUGAAGGAAAAAGAGGAGCAGCUCACCCGUGUGACUGAGGUUCAGAGGCUGCAGGCACAGCAGGCAGAUGCAGCGCUGGAGGAGUUCAAGCGGCAGGUGGAGCUGAACUCGGAGAAGGUCUACGCGGAAAUGAAAGAGCAGAUGGGAAAAGUGGAAGCCGAUCUAACUAGAUCCAAGUCUCUUCGUGAGAAACAGUCGAAGGAGUUUCUGUGGCAGCUGGAGGACGUCAAGCAAAGAUACGAGCAGCAGAUAGUAGAGCUGAAGCUGGAGCAUGAACAGGAGAAGACGCACCUAUUACAGCAGCAUAACGCAGAGAAGGAUAGCCUAGUCCGAGACCAUGAACGGGAAAUUGGAGACCUGGAGAAACAGCUUCACACUGCCAAUAUGGAGCACGAAAAUCAAAUCCAAGAGUUCAGGAAACGAGAUUCACAGGUUAUUGCUGACAUGGAGGCACAAGUCCACAAGUUGAGAGAAGAGCUGAUCAGCGUGAACUCCCAGCGGAAGCAGCAGCUGGUGGAGCUCGGUCUUCUUCGUGAAGAGGAGAAGCAGAGGACUGCUCGGGACCACGAGGCUGCCGUCAACAAACUGAAGGCUGAGUCAGAAAAGAUGAAAAUAGAGCUGAAAAAGACUCAUGCCGCUGAGACAGAGAUGACGCUGGAAAAGGCCAACAGCAGGCUGAAGCAGACCGAAAAAGAAUACACUCAGAAGCUUGCCAAAUCCUCACAGAUCAUAGCAGAGCUUCAGACGACCAUCUCCUCUCUGAAAGAGGAGAGCAGCCAGCAGCGGCUCGCUGCAGAAAGGCAGCUCCAGGACGUUGUACAGAAGUUUGAAGAUGAGAAGAAGCAGCUGAUUAGAGAUAAUGACCGAGCAAUCAAGGUCAAAAUAUGAACACCCCACUCCCUGCUUCCAAAAUAUACAUGGGGAAAUCCUUACACAUCCCGCCUACUCACUGAAGGACGAAUGAAUCAUCUGUUUUUUCUGAAGUAAAACAGUAAAUUCAAACCUCAUGAAAGGAAGGAUAUGGUGACUUCAUGUUUUUUAACUAGAAAAAGCUUUAAAAAUUCUUUUUUUCUUUAUUAUGGAAACUUUCAAACAUACGCAGAAGUAGGGAGAAUAAUAUGCAGAAUCCCCAUCUACCCACCACCUGGCUUCACCAGUUUUUAACAGUUUGCGGGACUGACUCCUUCUUGGCAGUGUCUUUCAUACGCUCUGCUUUCCUUCCUUGCUCAUCUCCUUGGCUACGCGAGUUGCCGCUGGUGAGGCCCCUCCUGUGUCUCACCCAGCAGAGGUUCGUCGGCCUCCUUGAUUCAUGACCACAGACUUAACGCAAAAUCAACGACUUUGAGAACCCCAGUUUUAUACUUAAAUAGGGCAAAACUUCAUCCGCAAUCUUUUUCGCUUACAUCUGAUUUAAUCCAGUCCCUUCAAAUAAAAGAACCUGCAUCAUUCAAAGGUCCCACUUCGGGGAGAACACGUUCUAUGGGCCAGCACUCAGGGAAGGAGCCGUUUACGCUUCGGCCCUCAUACGGAUGGCUGGCCCAGAAGAUGUACCGCCGACCUCGUGGUGACUUGUGACCAAGCCAGACACAAGCGUGAGCCACGACCUGGCAACACAGAAUGAGGCAGGGUGCACGGAAGACACACCAAAUCUCAAGUCAGUGAGAACCGGUCUGAAAACUCCUAAAAAGUGGAGGGCACAGUUCUGUAGAAUGUGUGAUUCAGGAGAAAGGUGACUUCUGUGCUACUGAUUCUGUUUUGAUCUGCAAGUGGAUUUUUCCACAUUUCUCACAACUGAGGUUUUUGGUAAAGAUGGGAAAGUGGGGAGUUUGAGAUCAUGCCGUCUGGUGAGACCCUGCAGUGCAGGUGUCCCGGGUUAUGAGACAAGUCUGCGUGCUCGGCCGGCCAGAUGGACGCCCACCCCCCAGUCCCACCCUCAGAUGAGGGGAGGACCUGGCUGAGAGUUUGGCCAAAGACAAGGUCAGAAAUCUCUAGAAAAACUUGUGCUAAAUCCUAAGUCUGAAAGCCUCUGUCAUGCCUUGUACACUAGGGACGCUCUGACUAUAUCUUGUGUAUCAUUACAGCCCAGUCUUUCUCCUUUCCAAUGAAGUUUUCCUGUAUUAAAUAACUUUUUAACCACUUAUAAUUCAAACGAACUUGCAUUUCAUGUGUCCAUUAUUAAAAGGCAUGUAUCUGCCAUCAUUUCAUGUU